CUAAGUUAGAGCAGUGCAGGAUUACAAUGGUUCUUCAUCAGUGGGAGCUUUCUCGACUUCGAUUCUGUUCUUCUUUGAUGUUGUAGUACUGCCUCAACACAGUAUUCCCACUCCCGGCCCUCGAUAAUUUAUUCAUUUCUCAGGCACGAUUUUCAUCAUGCGGCCAUCAACGAUUCUACUGGGCAUUCUACCCAUCAUUUGCGACGCUCUGAAUAUCAUCCAAAGCAACGACGACGGCUGGGCAGAAAUCAACAUUCGCGAAACAUACAAUUCCCUUUCCGCUGCAGGUUACAAUUCCAUUAUUUCCGCUCCAGCAGAAAAUCAAAGCGGGACAGGAAGUCGAGAUGAGGAACCAGAGGAAGUAGGAGAUGAAGGGUGUCAGUUUGGGUCUUGUCCACCGAAUAGUCCUGCUAUAGGACGGAAUGAAAGUGAGCCGAGGUUUAACUACGUCAACUCCUUCCCCGUAACAUCCAUCCGCCACGGAAUCGAAGUUCUAUCUGAAGAAUUCUUCUCUGGACCUCCGGAACUUGCGAUUACAGGGCCGAAUGUGGGAUCGAACUUGGGAAUUGUAACGCAGUUUUCUGGGACUGUGGGAGCGGCUGUUGAGGCGAUUAAACUGGGGAUUCCGGCGGUCGCAUUUAGUGGGUCGAGUGGGAAGCAGACGGGUUGGAAUGUGAAUGUGGAGAAUUAUGUGAGGGUUUAUGCGGCUUUGGUGGUGAAUGUUACGGAGGCUUUGACGGGUGGAGGGGAAGGGGAGAGGCCGUUUUUGCCGGAUGGGGUUUGGCUCAAUGUCAAUUUCCCGAAAGUCGACAGUCGGUGUCAGUCACCAAGCGACUUCAAGUUUGUGCUUUCGCGAAUCUAUCCCAAGGUGCCAUUUGUUGGCGAAGAUGAUGUUGAGACUUGCGGAUCACACCGCUUGCCAAUCGAAAGGAAGGUCGUUGGUACGCCAGGCUGCUAUGCUUCGAUUAGUGUGGGAGAGGAGAACAAGACUACUGCUCCACGGAGAGCUCAGGCAUUCGUUCUGAACAGGCUGAGGCCGAUUCUAUCCUGCCUGCCUUAA